GUACGAAAAUUACUAACACAAGAAUCAAUAUGCAAGUCAAAGUUGUUGUCGCGUUGGCCAUCAUUUUGGUGGCACAGCAGGUCCAAGCUGGCACCCUCAAUUUUGGCAACAUUAUGGGCGAUGUCUCCAAGGUGGCAGUUGCUGGCGAGAAAGUGAUCCACCAAUUGGAGAACGAGUUGAUCACCUAUGAGGAGCCAACUACUCUAAACGUUCUAAGUGAUAUGGCUAAUGCUUUGGGUGAUCUAGCUAAUGCACUUACCAACUUGAGGGUUGAGCAGAAUUAUGUCGAAGCUGAGCCCAGUAAUCUAAUUGGUAGUCUUCUGGGUAGUGUUGGCGAUGCUCUCGGUCAUUUGGCUAACACCAUUACCAGUCUUAGCGUAAAAAUCCAGAAACAUUCAGAAAUCCAGAAUCGCAAUGUUGCAUCCGCAGGCGCUUCUAUUAUUGGUGAAGCUGGUAACAUUAGCGCCAAAGAAAUCGCAUCUGCUGCCAAAGCAGCUGCUCCCUACAUAAAAGCGAUGAAUGCUGGUCUGGGAGAUCUGGCCAACGCCCUCACCCAUCUUUAAGUGAACUAUGUGGGGCAGCCAAAAUAAUAAUUGUUUACAAAAAUAAAUUUUCCAAUCAGUUUUCAUUUGAAUAAAGCGAGUUUAUCAACAACUUCUA